AUGAGGGCUGUGCUCUGGGACCUGCUGCUGCUCUGCCUCUUCGCCCGGGCGCGGGGUGACUGCCGGGGGGACUGCCUGCGCUGCGACCGCCACCUCUACCGGGACAGCUUCGACGUCCUCUGCCAGAGGGACCAAAACCCACCUGAUGCCCAUCCCUGUGUCUCCCGCGCAGGUCUGCAUCCUGGAGUGCGAAGGCGAAGCUGUGCACGACGGGAAGCUGAAGACGAAGGCGGAGAACCGGUGCCGAACGCCUUCCCGCAGCCACCUGAGGACAUUUCCCGACGACUCGGCGGUUUCCCACGGGGGACGCGCGGCUCACGGCCAGCACCGAUGGCCAGGGGGGUGCAGAAGCGAUACGGGGGCUUCAUCGGGGUCCGCAAGUCGGCGAGGAAGUGGAACAACCAGAAGAGGUUUAGCGAGUUCCUGAAGCAGUACCUGGGCAUGUCGCCCCGCUCCAGUGAGUACGACAUUGCCGGCGGCAUCAGCGAGCACAACGAGAUCUAA